AUGAGCAAGCAACAACGAUCAGCGUCCGGAAUUAUUCAAUUGAGCCUAUCUGCGUCGGAUCAUCAUUUAACCGUACAAAUUCUUCAAGUGAAAGGCUUAAAAUCAUCGUUAUCGAAUGCUCUUGUCCGUAUUACAUUCAUUCCUGACCGUAAACCACUGGAAUGUCAUACACGUACAGUUCCGAAUCGAAAUGGUCGAGGGGUGUUCAAUGAAAAAUUUACAUUUGAAAUCAAUGACGACGAUAUGCACAAGCGUUUAUGUUUUUCGGUGUAUAAUUAUAGAUGCGAGCAAAAUCAAAUGAUUCUACAAGGUUGUUUGUCUUUUGGAAUUCGAAAUACAUUACAAAAACAAAAAAUAGAUGGAUGGUUUUAUUUAUUGCCAGAAGACAUUGGCGAAUUACGUCAUCAACAAGUAGCGAAUCAAUUCGAUAAACAAGUGACGAAAAUUAAUCGUGAUAUUGCAAAUCUACAAGAAUAUCAAUUUACGAUCUCGCGUGGUACGAAUGAUUCAUUCGGAUUCACUGUCAUCGGCGACAGUCCGACAUUCAUUGGAAAAGUUAGUGAAAAUAGUCCAGCGGCUGUCGGCGGACUAAAAUCAGGUGAUUACAUUGUGAAAAUCAAUGGUCAGAAUGUUUCACGUGCUCAACAACGAACUGUAGCACAUAUAAUACGACAUUUAAAACAUUCAGUUACAUUGGAUAUUCAUCGUUAUACAAAUGAUAAUUUAUUUUCAUUAGUCUCUUCAAAUGGUGCUUCAUCAGCCGAAGAUUCAUCAACUUAUAGCGAUUCCUCACUUUCACAUUAUCAAGCAAGAAACAUGCCUUUCCCUCUUCCAUCUUCUCCAUUGCCCAAUCGAAAGUUCAUUGAUCUUGCCCACUUAGGACACUACAUCGAACCGAAAUCAUUCAUCCGACAAACACCCACAAACUCAGGAAGACCUUUUUACGAAAUGACAAAUUCAUCUGUACUUGCAGUCAAAGGCUCACCUACGAAUACAUUUGUAUAA